ACGCAAAGAUAUUGAUUUUAGUAUUUGAUUUAAAAAAACCUCAACUUCAAAAUUAUUUGUUGAAUUAACAAAACUUUUGAUCAUUUGUCUAAAUGACAAUCAAAGUUUUAAACAACAGAAUUUUUCAGUCAGACGGCUAUGAGAUAGAAAAUGCGAAGAGUGUAGAAAUACCUAUUGAAAAACCGUUAACAUGCGCCAUAACUUCUUACACUUGUCCAUCGUUGUCUUUUCAUGUAGAGAACAUGUGUCUGCGUGCUCGUCAAUCGAGAUUGCAAUUACCUCAUGGAGUUGUUGAAACGCCAAUUUUUAUGCCUGUUGGAACUAACGGAACAGUGAAGGGAAUGACAAAUGAAGAUUUAGAAAAAAUCGGAUAUCAAUUGAUUUUGGGAAACACAUAUCAUUUGGGAAACCGUCCUGGAAUUUCGGUGUUGCGUCAAUUUUCGGGUUUGCAUACAUUCAUGGGAUGGAAAAAAAAUAUUUUAACGGAUUCCGGUGGAUUUCAAAUGGUCAGUCUUUUAAAACUAGCUCAAAUCACUGAAGUUGGAGUUGAAUUCCUUAGUCCAGUGGACAAUUCUAAACAGCUUUUAACACCUGAAAUGUCUAUGGCUAUUCAAAAUUGUAUUGGUGCUGAUAUAAUGAUGGCUUUAGACGAUGUCAUUCCUGCAACACUGGAUGACCACAAUAGAGUCAAAGAGGCGACAUCCAGAACGACCAGGUGGUUAGAUCGUUGUAUUCAAGGGCAUAAACGUCCCUUAGAGCAAAAUUUGUUUGCUAUAGUUCAAGGUGGUUUAAAUGAAACCUUAAGAUUACAGUCUCUCCGAGAUUUAAAAGAACGAAAUUUACCAGGAUACGCUAUUGGAGGCUUAUCUGGGGGAGAGGAAAAAGAUAAAUUUUGGCGCAUUGUAGAGUUAUGUACUCGAAGAGUAGACAGUACAGGUUUACCAGAAAACAAACCUCGCUAUCUCAUGGGAGUCGGAUAUCCUUUGGAUAUGAUUGUUUCAGUAGCAUUUGGAGUGGAUAUGUUUGACUGUGUGUAUCCAGCUCGAACAGCGCGCUUUGGAACAGCUAUAGUGCCAGAAGGAACGCUUCGUUUAAAACAAAAUCGCUAUGCUUAUGACAAUCGCGUUUUGCAAAAGGAUUGUCCCUGUGCUGCAUGUAAAGAGUAUACGAGAAGUUACUUACAUAAGUCAUUAGAUAAGAAAGCGUUAGGAAUCCGUUUACUAACACUUCACAAUAUGACAUAUAUGUAUCGUUUUUUUCAAGACAUACGUCGAUCUAUUGCCACUAAUACUUUUUCUCAAUAUGUUGUAAAAUUUUUGAAAGCCCAAUAUCAUUCAAAUCUCAUCGUAAAAUAUUUAGACUGCGAUAGUUGUAAAGAUAAAGAUACAAGUCAAGAGUCUUGUUUAGACGAGGUCGAUAGACAGCCCCCUCAUUGGGUUCGUUGCGCUUUACAAGUAGCUGGAAUAAGCUUAGACAACUUGUACGCUUGGGAAUAAAGGGGUGAAAUGGAAACUCGCCCCACUUGAAGAAGAAAUUAUAAAUCGGUGACUUUGACACUCUAUAUGGAACGCAUGGGAGAAAAUUUUUUUUUAGAGUUUCAUGUUUAAUUGAAUAUAUUUUUGUGUAGUUGUAAAAAAAACCAAAUUUCUAAUAAGAGGGUACAUGAGCAUUGAAAUGAACAAUGGUAUAAGUUUUUAAAAAGAAUAUUAAAAAUU